AUGAGGAAUCGCUUUGUCAGUUGGAUACUUUUCAACGUGGACGCGUCGAGCGCGCGGGAGGAACGCGUUCGCAUACCUUUCUCUCGUCACGUUUUGCAACUCUACGCGUAUAUAUUGGUUUUCAUUUGCUCACCGAAUCUCUCUCUUCCUUUCUCUCAAAAAAAAAAACAGCCGUCGCAAAAAACGUUCAAAAUCAAGAAAAUCUUGGGCAAAAAGCAAAAGCAAAACCGCCCGAUCCCGCAAUGGAUUCGCAUGAAGACCGGGAACACCAUUCGUUACAACGCCAAGAGAAGACACUGGAGAAGAACCAAGUUGAACAUCUAA